AUGGCCAACGUACUGCAAGGCGGAGAUGGUAUGAUGGGCGGGGUUGGAGGAUUUCCGCUCGAGCAGUGGUUCUACGAGAUGCCUGUUUGCACUCGCUGGUGGAUGACUGCAGCGCUAAGCGCGAGCGUGCUUGUGCAAUGCCACAUAAUCUCACCCUUCCAGCUGUUCUAUAGCGUCCGUACUGUAUUUUUCAAGAGCCAGUACUGGAGGCUUCUCACAACCUUUUUUUACUUUGGUCCGCUCAGUCUCGAUCUCCUCUACCAUAUUUUCUUUCUUCAACGCUAUGCGCGACUUUUGGAGGAAUCUUCUGGACGGUCCACAGCGCACUUCGCCUGGCUCCUCACUUUCGCAUCCACGCUCCUCCUCUGCAUUGCACCCAUGUUCUCCAUGGCCUUCCUCGGCUCUGCUCUUUCCAGCACCCUCAUAUAUAUCUGGAGUAGGAAGAAUCCCGAUACCAUGCUAAGCUUCUUGGGGUUGCUAGUGUUCAAGGCACCUUACCUUCCCUGGGUAUUGUUAGCAUUUUCGCUGAUUAUGCACGGGACCGUGCCCAAAGACGAGAUGUGCGGCAUUGUCGUAGGUCACAUUUGGUAUUACUUCAACGACAUCUACCCGCCUUUACACAACAACCACAGUCCCCUCGAUCCUCCUGUAUGGUGGAUACGUAUGAUCGAAGGACGCCCUACUCCCACCGAAGACCCAACCCAGGAUGAGCAUCAACCCGAUAUUGAUAUAGACGCACAUGGCGAAAACGAUCCAGUAGAGGCUGCAUUGGUCCACUGA